CGUCCACCGUGUCAGGCGUUGUGUGUUUUGUUGUCACUGGAGCGCUUAAGGGAAGAGGAGGUGGUUAUGAGCGGAGGGUUAACGAUGGCCGCUUCCUCGGUGCGGUGGCUGAAGAGACUGUGCCUUUUUGUGUUGAUAUGUCCCCUCUGUGUCCCCGCCUUUUUAAACCUGGAGGAGCUGAAUGAGAUGAAAUAUGGGAUUCAGAUUCUUCCUGACCCCGUCAUGUUGGGGCAGACAAAGACAGAGGAGGUUGUGAUGGUGUCCAAUAAGUACAAGCAGCUCUAUGAAUGUCGACUUCCAGCCCAGGCGGUCCGGUUUCAUCAGGAUCCAGCUUCUGAACCCGACUCGCAGGGCUACACUGGACCAGACGUCCCGGACCUACUCAGGCCAAUGCACAAAGCCCCGUGUCUUGUGAAGACAAAGGAUUGGUGGACAUAUGAGUUUUGUCACGGUCAACAUAUUAGACAGUAUCACCUUGAAGACUCGGAAAUUAAAGGGGACGUUCUCUUUCUGGGAUACUAUGAGUCUGAAUUUGAUUGGAACAACGAAACCGCAAAGGCCUCCAAACAGCACAAGCUGAAACGAUACCACAGCCAGGCCUAUGUAAAUGGGUCUAGGUGUGACCUAAAUGGAAAUCCUAGAGAGACUGAAGUCCGGUUUGUAUGCGAAGAAGGCUCGAGUGACUACAUCGCCCGAGUGGACGAGCCACAGUCGUGUCGUUAUGUGUUUACAGUUCACACCAGCCGCACCUGUCAGCAUCCGUUUCUGCAGCCGCCGUCCACCUCCAAGCCGCAGGGUAUUGUGUGCCAGCCGGCUCUGAGUGCACAGCAGUACAUGGAUUAUGUGAAGGCUCAAGUCUCGGACACAAAGCGUAAAGUGGAGCAGAUCUCUGAGGAGCUGAAGAACCUCGAUGAGAUGUUGGCUGGUAAUCAAGGUGCAGAUGAAACAGUGGAAGUAACAGCUGAGGAGACAACACCUCCGCCCAGCAGCACCCAAGAUGGGUCAAAUGCAGACAUGUCUGAAGAUUCAGCAUCAGAAGAGACGGAGGAUGCUGACUUUUGGGAGGGAGUGACGAAACCCGAGAAAGUAAAAUCAACAGCUUCUCAGGAAGACAAUGAGGUGGUGGAUGGUGACUACAGCUCCCCAGCAGACAAUGAAGGAGAAGAAGUAGAAAGAUUCAACUUUAAAAUCAUCACUGACCCAGCAGAUCUGAUGAAGUUUGUUCAACAUCUUAAGGAGAGUAACAGGAAGAAAGCGGAAAACCAGGCAAAAGGUAGAGAAGAGAAAUCAACAGGCGACAAGCAUCCAGGGAAGCUCAGAGGGGAGGAGAAAGAUGAAGAUGAACAGUUGCUGGAGGAAUUCGAGGAUGAGAUUGCUGACCUCUCUGUGCCGUCAGAGAAGAUUGAAGAGAUAAAAGAGGAAAUGCAGAAGGAGUUUGACAACAUCAUAGAUGAGGCCCAGCAGGAACUGGAAACAGAGGGUCUUAAAGGAGAGUUUGAUCGCUCUCAGGCAACGCAGGCUCUGGAGACGACAUUGGAUAAGUUACUGGAUCAUCUGGAUGAGAAGGAUGAUCAAGAUCCCCAGCAGCAGAAGGUCCAAAGGCCCAGUGACCCAAGCAGAGGCAGUCCCAGCCUGGCUCCGAAGCAGCCAGACAAAGCAGCUGAGGACCACGUUAAGAUCAAAAUUACUAAGUAUAAGACGGGCAGCAGCCCUGAUGGUGAGGUCAAAGUUCAGGAGAUGGGCGAAGGAGACCCCCAGUGGCAGCACAUAAAGGACGUGGUUAAAGAACAGCUAGAGAAAGCAGGACUAAAGGCUGAAGGUAAAAUUGAGGUGAAGAUUUUGACGCGAAAGAAUGCAGAGGAGGCAGGUGAUCAGUGGCUGACUGAAGAAGAUACAAAGUCCUUCAGGGAGCUGCUUAUAAAUCUCCUGACUGGAGGCACAGAGGAGGUUUAUAAAGAGCAAAAAAGGCAGCAGGAGCUGGAAAACAACUAUAAGUUUGUGUGGGGAGAAAAUCAAGAGGAUUCAAAGUCAUCCAGUACGUCAGACUCAGACGAUGUGGACAUUUGAGCUCAUGGUGUACAUCCAAUGCCCCUGUUGUGAUGAACUCCUGUGGAGACCAGCAGGUGGAGGGACUAAAAAUAGUUACCAGUUUUAUGAAAAGCUUGAUUGAUUUGGGUUUUUUUUUUUUGGCUGUUGAACCUGAAAAAUUGUGUCCAAGUCAGCUGUUUGCACAUUCAGAAAAUGAUUUAUUGUGAUUGAAAAGGCAAUGAUGUUGCCGUGUGUGAUAGACGCCGUUUAAAUGUUGCACAGUGAAAGUACGUGUCAGCUGUAUUUAUGCAGUUGAAGUAAGUUAUGCAUUUCCCUUUUUUGAUGGGAUUCAGUUUCUAGAAGGCGGAGACAGCCUGAUGAUUAUAAGGCGAAUAUGUUUCUAGAAACAUUUUCCAGUUUUUCUGAACAUUUACAUCAAGUUCUGAAGCUGCAAACAGUUCUGCACUGUCCUCAAUGCUGCCAUUCACUACACAGUUCCUACCUCUUAAUGUAUCAGAAGGGUAGAAAUGUGUACCUCGGAUUGAAUAUUUACCAUGCCGAAAAGUAAACUACAACAACAAGCAACUUUGAAACCUUCAGACAAAUUUUGUUCAACAACAAAAAUUAGUUACUCACAGCCGUAUGUUAGUGUCUUGAAAAAGUGUUCAUACCCUUUUUGAUUUUUUGUUUUACCCAUAUAUCACCAUAUAGCUAAAAACGUAAAUAUAUAUUUGAGUUUUUAUGUGACGGAUCAACACAAAGUAUUGCAAAAUGUGAAGUGAAGGAAAAUAGAUGCAUUGUAUUCAAAACUGUUUUUGUAAUUAAAAUAUAAAAAAAACAUGGCUUGCAUUUAUGUUCACCUGCUAGGAUAUAUGGUGUAGAACCACGGUUUGCGCCAAUUUCAGAUCAGUCAUUUUGGUUAUGGCGCUACUAACUUCAAUCAUCCAGAGACUGAGAAUCAUGACAUUGUUCUUUUGAAAACUCCAACUCUGUCAGAUUGAAUGGAACUGGUCUGUGAAUAGUAAUUUUCCAAGUCUUGCUACAGAUUGUCAAUUGAAUUUAGGUCUGGACUUUGACUGGGCAGUUGUAAAAUGCUUUGAUCUAAACCAUUCCAUUGUGGCUCUGGCUGUAUAAUUGUUGUCCUGCUAGAAGAACCUCUGCUCCAGUCUCACGUCUUGUGCAGCCUCUAACAGUUUUUUUUCCAGUUCUUUUGCUCCAUUUCUUGUGUCGGAUUUGUGCAAACGUUAAGUCACAGUUGUCCUGUCAAUACAUUCUCCUCCUAGCUUCUGUGGAGAAGCUGGCAGGUCAGCUGACGGGUCCAUUUUCAGAUAAUGAGUUGAAUAGAGCUCUGUGAGUUUUUUAUAACUUAUCUCUGCUUUAAACGUCUCCACAACUUUAUCCCCGUCUGGUGUCCUCCGUUCUCUUCGUGAUGUUUGUCUGAGGCCUUCACUGAACAACUGUAUUUGUAGUGAGCAGAAAUUACACUCAAGCCUCUGUUUACUAAAUAGGUGCCUUUUGAAGGCAGCUGGUUGCAGAUGUUUUAAUUUAGGGGUUUUCAAGUAGAGGCGGUUAAACACUUUUCAGAUUUGCAUUGUAAAAAAUAAUUUGAAAACCACUCACAUGUUCCUACCAUUUCCCUUCUGUUUACUACUUGGUGUUGAUCUGUCAUGUAAAAUCCUAAUAAAGCACCUUCAUGUUUGUGGUUGUAACAUGACAAGCAAUUUAACAGGUAUGAAUACUUUUGUAUGGCACUGUAUGUGUGCACUGGUUGAUGCACCAAGCAAAUAUGUGUUGUUUCUUUUUUUUUUUCUCUCUGCCAAAUGCACAUUGUUAAAGGAACUCUAGAUGGUUCAAUGAACCAUUGCAGUGCAGCAAGGUUUUCAAGUAUGUUUCUCUGGUUGUUUGUGACAAAAACAGUUAAUUUAUCUUAAUUUAGCAAAGGAAGUGCCACAAUUCUCUGUGAGGUUCAGCUUACGAAAUAAAUGAAUUCAGAUGUGGAUUUAAAGGGCUGAAUUUGUAUAGUUUGUGAAUAAUUCUUCUUCUGGGAGCUCUAUUUGUAAAUAAUUGUUGUCAAUACAGUUUAAUUUCUUUCCUGUUGUGUAUUAGCACAGCUUAGGUGGGGAUUGAACAACUUGAGUUAAUGUGUUUAACAAUUCAGACUGUGUGCUUUCAUUGUGUAAUAAUUGUGGAAGGGUAUUAUUUGUAAACUGGUUUUACACACAUGGUUAAUCCAUUCAAGUAGUAGGUGUGUGUUUAAUUAUAUAUUCAUAACUGAAGAUCCUAGCCUUGGGAUAUGAGUUGGAGCAAAGUAGAACUAAUGCAUUUGCUGACUGUUGAGUAAAAUGUAUUUAUAAAGCACAUUUAAAAACACCAGUUGACAAAAUUGAUGUAUUUCUGUUUGACAUGUCUUCUUUUAUUUACACUACUUAUAAAAGAGUAUUUGUAUAAGAUUUAACUGGUAUAUGAUGAACAAGAUGCACCAAUAAAUCAGCCAGGGAUCAGAACUAUCA